AUGACGCGGAACGAGUCUACAGAAAAUGUUAGUCCCCCGGAGGAGCAGGGAAAUAAUGUUUCCAGUGAGGCAUCAUCCGGGACCGCCAGGGCAUCUCCCAAAUUAGACCGACCAGCGAGUUUCGUACCGAUUCAAAGCGGCAGUUCGGGAACUUCAGAGCGAAAUACCCAAGGUCCACAGCUUGAUGAGGCAUACAUCGCACGUACUCUGUCUCAUCGGAAGAGCCACGCUUCUGGCCAUGAAGGCGCUGAAUGGGAGCAGAUCGAACGAUUGAUCUCACGGAUGUUCGGACAUGAACGCAAGGCAAAUUCCGAAGAAGAGAAAACAAGACACGUCGGGGUGGUAUGGAAAAAUCUUACAGUGAAAGGAUUGGGUCUUGGAGCUGCACUUCAACCGACCGUCGGCGACAUCAUUCUUGGCAUUCCGCGGUCCAUCAAAGGCUUGCUAACACGAGGCACAAAAGGUGCUGGAGGGGGAAAGAAGGAUAUCAGAACAAUUCUGAAUGACUUCACGGGUUGUGUUCGCCCUACCGAGAUGCUUCUUGUCCUUGGCCGUCCCGGAUCAGGAUGUUCAACAUUCUUGAAGGUAAUUGGAAACCAAAGGUCCGGAUAUGAGAGUGUCGAGGGAGAUGUGGAGUAUGGAGGAACUGAUUCCACGGCUAUGGCGAAAAAAUAUCGAUCGGAAGUUCUAUACAACCCUGAGGACGAUCUGCACCACGCCGCGUUGACCGUACGGGACACACUCCUCUUUGCAUUGAAAACACGAACUCCAGACAAACCAUCUCGAGUCCCUGGAGAAACUGAGAAGGAGUACCAAGAAACCUUCCUAUCGGCGAUUGCCAAGCUAUUUUGGAUUGAGCACGCACUGGGGACUCGUGUGGGAAAUCAGCUUAUACGCGGAGUAUCUGGAGGAGAGAAGAAACGAGUGUCCAUAGGAGAAGCCAUGGUUACAAAGGCUAGCACUCAGUGUUGGGACAACUCGACGCGGGGCUUGGAUGCCAGCACAGCAUUAGAAUACGUCCAGAGUUUGAGAAGCUUGACCAAUACGGCAAAUGUAUCAACGCUGGUAGCUCUUUAUCAAGCCUCUGAAAAUUUAUUUAACCUUUUCGACAAAGUUAUACUCAUCGAAGACGGAAAAUGCGCCUUUUUCGGGCGCUCGGAGGAUGCGAAAGGCUAUUUUGAGAACCGAGGAUUCGAGUGCCCACCCCGAUGGACAACCCCCGACUUUUUAACUUCUGUCAGUGAUCCAAAUGCAAGACGCAUCAAGCCUGGAUGGGAGGACAGAAUUCCUCGCUCUCCAGAUGAGUUCCAAGCAGCCUAUCGUGAGAGUGAGAUCUUCAAAGCUACACAAGCCGACAUUGAGGACUUUGAAAAUGAGCUGCGCGACACCAAAGAUGAGAGAGAAGGUGCUAGAGCACAAGUGACAACUAAGAAUUACGCUGUUCCUUUUUGGAAACAAGUCAUGAUUCUCACACAUCGACAGUUUUUGGUCAUGUUUGGGGACAGGGCUGCCCUGAUAGGAAAGUGGGGAAUCGUCGUCUUUCAAGCUCUUAUCGUCGGAAGCUUGUUUUACAAUCUACCGGAUUCGAGCUCUGGCGUGUUCACACGCGGAGGUGUAAUGUUUUUUAUACUGCUGUUUAACUCUCUUCUUGCUUUGGCAGAAAUCACAUCUGCAUUUGAGAGUCGACCCAUAAUGAUGAAACACAAGAGUUUGUGA